UGAAAAUCAUGUCAUAUAAAGUAGACAACUGAGAUAAGUUUGAACAACUCUCAUAAAUAUGCGUUGAUUGAAUUGAGAUAAUCUCCUGUAGCGCCGGUUGUUGUUUUGCUAAACUACUUGAUCACGUGUUCCUGCUUGGGGGGAAAACAAUAGGCAUAUUGCUCUCUUGUGAAAGUGAAACUUAAGCUACAAAUAGGCCUGUGCACUAAUUUGUUGAAAGGUGUCUGCAAACGGAUUAAAUGUGAAUGUGAGUUUCAUUGUGAAGACAGUAGGCAAUAUAACAAUAUAUGAUGGAAAUAUUAUAGGGGCAGUCUAAACCUAAAGGAUGUGCGCCUGUAAAUAGCCAUAGGAUGUAUAGAUAAACCUAGUAAUGUACCAUAUAGUAAUCAGAGAAUAGACAAGCACAACUUGGAGCAGAAAUAUGUAAAAUUACAGUAGCCUAUACUGUAGGUGAAAAUACAUAUACAUUAUUUAUUAAUCCGUUUACUCGGGACAUUCUUCUGACAGUUUUUUUCAAUGUAAUUUGUUUUUGUAGGCUUUGUGAGACCUGACGAUGAAGCCAGUAAUAGUUGUGCAUGGCGGUGCAUGGGCCAUCCCUGAUGAUAUGGCUAAGGCAUCUGUGGACGGGGUGAAGUCUGCGGCUACUGCAGGCUUUCUGGCUAUGAAGAGAGGAGGCAGUGCAUUGGAUGCUGUUGAGCUGGCUGUUAGGGCCUUAGAAGAUAACCCAACAUUUGAUGCAGGUACAUUUUGUACAAUCACCUCUCAGACUCAGAGCUCACCCAGUUAUUCUCCAGGCAGAUCUCUCUGCGCUGCUGGUAUGGCGACUGGUUGGGCCCUGCAUCUUGGAGAUGAAAUUGUAUCUCCAAUGGUGAUAGUUCUCUAUUGAAACAUAUCGUAGAUAUUUUCAUAUUUUUGCAGAGAUCAAAAUGAGUAAACAUUUUGUUUUGGUUCAACAUAAUCGUUUAUUUUAGGCUUCAAUUCUAAUAUGUUGCUUGCAAACUCCAUUUGUGAUAGUACAUUCUCUCUGGUUUCAUAUUCAGAUGCAUUUUAGUUAGAGAGCUGCUCUAGGCUCAUGAAUUUUAAAUUCAAUUAAGUUCUGCAUCUCUUUGAUUUCAGCAAGUGCCACAUUUAAAACACUUUACCCACUGACCCUAUUUAAACUUUUAAUCUUAAGCAUUUUUCACAGAGGGCCUGAAUAUUUUUCCAUGUAAUUUUCUGAUGUAGUUUCCAAUGGUAGAAUAGGGUAGUAUUAAUAUCAGAAGGGCAUCAUGACAUGUGAUAAGUGCCAUGUAACACACGUCCUCUACUCUUUCACGUUCCAUUGUAUUUCCUUUUGUACUUAUGACGCCUCGAUCACUCCGACAGCGUCGUUGCAUUUUGGUACAUCAGAAGUACAUUCAUUUCCAAUGGAACACUGCGUUUGCCUUGCAGCAUUGCGUUGCAGAGACAGUUGCAGUGUGUUCUGUGUGGUGCAUACAUUGGAUUUAUCGAACGUAGGCGUCAAACUGUAUGUGUAGACGGCUUGACAGAAAUGGUAGCAUAAAGUGAAUGUUGAACUUUUGUUGCACACAUAUCCAGAUGAUGCUGCGUACUAUUUUGCGCGAUGAUGCUAUCGGUGUGAUCAAGGCGUAAGGAGUCUACUUAACGAUCAGUCUAAUGGCAUUGAACGGUUUGGAGCAAUCAUUGGAUUACACCAAACCAUAUGGAGAAAAACAAGACACUUCAUUAACACACUCAGCUUAUCAGGACUCAUCUAGUUUGUGAUGGCUAACUGCCACAUUAGGUGAAAUGCCAGAUCCUCUUUAAGGCAUUGGAGCUAAAUCAGCACUUUGUCACAGGAUAAUUGUAUACACUGAAGCAGUCGGCACUCAGGAGCAAGGUCUAAUCAAUAGACGACUAAUGCAAUCUCACUUUGGGGGAAAAGACUGCAAGUUUGAAUUACCUCUGGGUGUGGUGAAGAGACCUGAUAUUGUGUUAUUACAAAGCAAUAGGCAGCUCAUUGUACUCCAUUGACAUUGAUCAACUUUUUUAUCAACACACUGUUAAGAAGAAGAAAGUGUUUCAAAAUAUGCAACCACGCUGCCACAAAUAUCAAUAGAUUUCCAAUUUGGCUGAAGUAAGAAAUGGCAAAAAAAAUACUAUUUAUUUUGGGGUUGCAUGACAAACUCUUGACCAACUCUUUCCUUUAGUCAUGGUCUGAGAGAGCCUGACCCCUGAUGAAUGUGACCCACCAUUUCAUUUCAGGUCAUGGAGCAGUACUGAAUACUAAUGGAGAAGUGGAGCUGGACUCCAUCAUUAUGGAUGGAAGGACCCUAGCUGCUGGAGCUGUGUCUUCAGUGAAGAACAUCGCCAACCCUGUGUCACUGGCCCGUGCCGUGAUGGAAAAGGUUAUCUUUCUCUUUGUCCAAGCUUUUCUUAUUUCCUCUUUCUUUUCUCUCAUCUUAGCUAAACAAUGCAUGCGAGAUAAGUCUCCUAGAAGAGAAGGAACACUAGGUACAGCAUUGAUCUGGCUGGAGCCUUGGUCAAUCAUCCUUUUUUGUUUGUUUGGAAGAAUACUUUGAAAUGGUGGAUUUUGUUCCCUUCCGUUUUCCUGUUGCCAGUAGUGCUGAGCGAUUAGUGCUUUUUUCGGUCGGUUUGGAUUCGGUUCGUUAUUUAAAAAAUAAUCACAGUUUUAGAUUUUUUUUAAAACAUUAAAUGCACUAUUAUGUGUGUUGAAUGCUGUAACACAGAAUAAAACAAUUAAUAAAAGUCACAUAAUGGUAGUGACUGCCCAUGACUGCUUAUCACUUAUUAACCAUCAGUUAUUCACAUUACUUUACUUUAAUAAAAUAUUUCAGUUGUUGUGUAUAUUACAUUUGAUUACUAUUAAUUCAUCCCAAGUCAUCAUUUACAUUUACAUUUUAGUCAUUUUAGCAGACGCUCUUAUCCAGAGCGACUUACAGAGUGCAUACAUUUUUAUUUUUUAUACUGGAAUCGAACCCACAACCCUGGCGUUGCAAACGCCAUGCUCUACCAACUGAGCUACAUCCCUGCCGGCCAUUCUCUCCCCUACCCUGGACGACGCUGGGCCAAUUGUGCGCCGCCCCAUGGGUCUCCCGGUCGCGGCCGGCUACGACAGACCCUGGAUUCGAACCAGGAUCUCUAGUGGCACAGCUAGCACUGCGAUGCAAUGCAAUGCCUUAGACCACUGUGCCACUCAGGAGGACAUCUCAUCUCUAUAGAGCUGCUGCCUAUACUGUCUGACAAAAUCACUAUUUUAGGAGUUCCUCAAAGUAAAUAAGGCAUACUUUUAUAACUGCUGAAAACCAACUAUCAAUCACUUAGAUCAUAUAUUUUCAGGUAGCGAUUCCUCGUGAAGCAACUUCUCUCAUCCCUCUUCAUCACGCAUUAUUUUGUAUUUUCUCUCAUUGUCCUUGUCUGCCCACACUAACCUAAUGUUGCAGGCAUAAAAGUAACACACAGACCGGACAAGUAGGCGCGCAAUGGAUUAUGGUCAUUGUAGUUAAUAACCAAGUUUUCUGCGCUAAACUAUGUAGAAUAUUGGCCUGUUGGAAACUACAGUUCCCUACUACAUUGCACAGUUUGGCCUUGAAAUGAUUUAUCUCUACAGAAACUGAACAAUGUGCCCAUUGAGCUCACAGAAAAACCCCAAACGAAGUGGAAUUCAAAUAAUUGAACCAAUGUUGGCCAAUUUGUUGUUUAAAAAACAAAAAAUAACCGACAUUUCUGUUAAAUCGUUCAGCACUAGUUGCCAGGUUAAUUAACCGUCUUUAGAAACAUCCCACCUUUGUUUGUGUCACCCUUUUACUACCUUUUGUGCUGCUUUUCCACUCAGUAAUAAAGGGCUUUUAUUCCGCUAACCAAAUAUAGCACUUCACUCCUCUGAGCUGCUGAAAGUGCAAAGUGUCAGGUCAGAACAUAUAUAACAUAUGAAGAGCUAUAAUGCCAGGCUAUUAUUUUCUGAAAAUGUUUGCAAAGGUGUGUAGAUGAAUCACAUUGAUCAGGCACACAGAUUUACCAGAGCUAGACGUUGUGAAUAAUUGAUACAUCACAUGAUAAAACAGCUUAUUGAAAGGUGAAAAACCAUUACAUUACAUUUAUGAAUUUGGAUAGAACUGAUAUGGUUGUCAGUGAUACAAUUUUGAGUGUGAAUACCAUUUUCUGUCAGCUCUCCUGUUUUACGGUUGCAAUUCAAUUGAGUACUUUGCUAUAAAAGUAAAGUAAAUGAAAAUUAUAACUUGAAUUUGGUUUUAAUGCAAUGAUAAAGAUAGCUAUAGGGGGGCUAUACAGAAUCUACUGUGUACGGAAAGCUGUUUUUAUCUCGGCUCUAGUCUAAGAGUGGAAACGUAUUGACUUCUCUACACAUAGUUAUUGCCAUCCUUGAAAGCUUGAACAUUUCCUUUUAGCAGGAAUCAAAGGAAAAUCUAAUUAAGGCGGGUUUUUGAUUGAUUUUAAUCUCGAUCCUUUCAGGUGAUGAGAAUUAUAGUUUGAUUAUAUAAUUUACUCACAAGGGACAUUAAGGACUAGCUCAUUGAAAAAUGCAGAUCUAUUAUGUGAUGUAGCACUGAAAGUGAUGAGAAGUUUCAGAUUUCACAGAACAGAAUGAACAGAACAAUUUAUUCUAACAGCUAGGAGGUUAUUAACAGGUAGAAUGUGUAGGGUGGGAGGCAUCUUUGUACUCACUUGGCUACUUGGUAAUCUUGUAAUGCUGUCAACUAAUACCUCACUCCAGAUGCUAUCUGACAAUGGAUGGGCAACACGACUAAGAUGAAGGCCUGUUACAAAAGACUGACAGCGCAUCGUAUUAACAUAACAUCUUCCAUGAUUUAUUAAUUUGCCUGACACCUUCCAUCAAAAUAACUGACAGGGUUUAUAAUUAAUUGUUCGGGAUACAGAUUCUUCUAAUUUUCUCUAGUGAAGUCUGCUCAGUUGCAGCGGAGAUACACAUUUGAAGUCAUUACUCCCCUUCUAGACUCUUUGAAACAUAACCACACAGCGAUAUUGCUACAAUUAUGUUUUCUGAAUAGCCACUGUAAAGAAUACAAUCUUCGGAGUCCCUGAAGUUAGGCAAGACCAGACAAAAAUAAUAGGCUUUUUGUCUCCUAUUUUUACCCAACAAAUCAGUGCAUUAUUACCUAGCCUGACAAUUCAAAGUACUACGUGUUUAUACCGGUGAGAUUCCAACCAUCCUAGUUUACUCCUUUUUCAGGAUGGAUUUAUAUUCUCAAAGUGUGCUGGUUUUCUCCUGCAUUACCCUACCGAUUAAAGAUUAGAUACUAACAAGUCUUGCAUCAUGGAACAUAAAAAAACAUGGUGAAGCUUCACCUUGUCACUCAGGGAACACAAAAGACACAGUGGCCAAAUGUCUGGGAGAAUGGAUGAUCUUGGGUACCUGUCACCACCCUGAAAGACCAUGGUCCUGCUCUGAUCUGCUCUGUAUUCACUAGCAGAUCUGUUUAACAGCUUGGUGUUCCUUCCUGUUAUCUAGAGUGCACCCGGCCUGACAGAGAAAAAUUACAUGAAUAACCAUUUUAAUAUUUAAACAUUUCUCAAUAGGACUAAUGGUGUUCUCCUGUCUCCCAUUACACAUUACACAGGAUAAAACAGAGCAUUAAGACUGUUCUCCAUUUACAACAGUUGAGAAUGUACAGGUAACUGCCAAAAUUAAGGAAACGCCAACAUAAUGUGUCUUAAUAGGGCGUUGGGCCAGAACAGCUUCAAUGCACCUUGACAUAGAUUCUACAAGUGUCUCUCUAUUGGAAGGAUGCGACACCAUUCUUCCACGAGAUAUUCCAUAAUUUUGUGUUUUGUUGAUGGUGGUGGGAAAACGCUGUCUCGGGCGCCGCUCCAGAAUCUCCCAUAUGUGUUCAAUUGGGUUGAGCUCUGGUGACUGAGACGGCCAUGGCAUAUAGUUUACAUCAUUUUCAUGCUCAUCAAACCAUUCAGUGACCUGAUUUUGCCCUGUGGAUAGGGGCAUUGUCCUCCUAUGAGGGCAUAGCCAUGGUAGCCAAAAUAAUGGCCUGCCCAGCAUGUUUAUACAUGACCCUAAGCAUGAUGGGAUGUUAAUUGCUUAAUUAACCCAGGAACCACACCUGUGUGAAAGCACCUGCUUUCAAAAUACUUUGUAUCCCUCAUUUACUCAGGUGUUUCUAUUAUUUUGUCAGUUACCUGUAUGUAUCAGCUUAGUAAAACUUUUGCAGUUUUAGUUGCUCUCUAGAAACGUGUGAGAUUCACAUUCCCUCCAUUGCCGGAAAUGAAAACAGUGGUAGUGAGAGAAAAAGGAGAGCAAUGAAGGAAGAAAUAGGGUGAUAACAGCACAGCUUUGGUCUCCUUGGUUACAAGUGUGGCUCUAGAAACAUGCACUUCUUUUCAUAGUUGCAAUACAAUGUAAAGAGUAAAUCACACUAAUUUGGUAGGUGCAGCAAGUGGCUAAACACUGAAGAAAGAUAUCCCUAAUUUCCUGGCUAAAGAUAGUAUCAUGAUUACAACCAAUUCCAUCCCCCCAUAAAAGUGUAUCAACAUCCUCCUCCGCAUUAUCACAAAGAAAUGGGCUGUAUCGCUUUCCUCCUUGUUGUCCAUAGAAAUCUCAUGUCAGCUAUAUACAUGGAAAUACCAAGAGAAGGGCUGAUAAAUAUUAGAUUGAAAGAGAUGGAAUUGCACUUUGGAUGAAUGAAGGCCCAUUGCGGUUUUGUAUCAGGGGAAGGUGUCAGACUCAUGGCAUUCACACAACAGGUAUGGAUUUAAGAUCAGAUGUGGCUCAGAUGUUAUGGAUAGUGUUACGGCACAUAACAGGCAGGUCAAGGUUACCUGCCAGUCUUGUGAGCCAGGCUUGCUGAUAGGUUUAAAUGGGCCGUGAUGCUACAUAACCAGGGGCUAAUAGAUUUGCUCUGAGGGAAUGUUGAUUUAGCAUAAUGGAUGACAGGAUGUGUCUGAGGCAACUCACUGCUAUACUGUAUAGUGCCUGGGAUUACUAAUUCCUUCAGAAGAGGGGAAAAAAUUCCCAUUCAGAUUAUUACAAUUUUAUUUUCAUUUCUUCGCACACAAUUCAAUCCUGGUAACACAUGUAACAUUAUUACAGUCUAAUGUUCAAAAAACAAACCUAAACUGCAGACAUUUUUAUUUUCUGUUUUUCUAUCUUAUCCCCUAUGCUUGCUGCCAUGGGGAUGCACUCAGACCGACCACAUCAUGUUGACAGACAGAGGUGCAAACAUGUUUGCUGAAAGUGUUGGCAUACCUACAGUCCCUACAGACGCCCUGGUGACAGAAUGUGAGAGAAAAGAGUGGGAGAAGGCUAAGAAGUAUGCUGUUGGAGUGAAGGAGCUCUUCAACUCUCAAUGGUAAGAAGAAUCUCCAUUCAUUUGUUAUACCUUGGCUUGGACAUAUAGUUUGCAACUAUUCUGUAACACCAACCUAAGAAAUACCAUAAAGCCAGACUAAAUUAUAACCUCCCUUUCUGAUGAAUUAUAUUCACAUUACAGUAUGUUAAAUAGGCUUUCCAUCCUCCUGAAGACGACAAAGUAACUUCAGUAAAUCAAAACGACAUCACUGAGGCAUUAUGCCUGCCAUGCAGCUGAGCGCUGAAGAAAUGUGCAGCAACCACCCAGAAAUCCUAUGAAAUGAAUUCUCCCACUAUAGAGACAGCUGGUCCAUCGUUGCACACUGCCAAGGAACGAGACAAGUUGACACAGUAGGGGAAGCAAUCUGUGAGGCAGGCUGAAUGUGAGAGAAGCAGCGGCAGGCUGUGUGAUAGAUGAUUUGACAGUUACGGUGUGGUAAUUCUGGAGAAGACUUCCAUUCCCAGCCUUCCUUCCCAUUGAGUGACAUGUCAGAGCUAAGAAACUCAGUAACACUGCAAAGUGGUGUCAUUGUUGAACAACCCCAUUGACUGUUGAAAAUGAUAAGCUUUUUAGUGUGUGAGAGAUAGAACAGAGCGAGGGAAAGAAAGAUGAAGCUGGGAACGUAAUGGCCUUAAGCUAGUCUGCAAGUAGAAAGCCGAGAUAUUAAUACAUUCAAAACGGACAAAGUUAGAUAAAGUGAUUGUGCAAUGUUUUCUGUGGUGUGUGUGAGUGUGUAAAUGUGUCUGAUUAGUAGGAUAAGAAUACACCUUCAACACAUCCCUGUCAAAGCCUUCUCAUCUCCCCAAAGGAGAUGACAAAAAGGCUAGCUGGAAAGUUUGAUGUUAGAAUUGUCUGGUCAGACACUCACUACCUCACAAAUGUUCCCAUUCUCACCAUUUCUCAAGGUCUGUAGUUAUCUGUAGAGUAACUCUGGCAGCCCAGCAAUUUCUGAGCAGCAUGACGUGGUAGAAGCACUAGACUCUAUUGGGAAAUUGUGAGUGUGUUGAGAGGCUGGAGACACAUAGCCUGGGGUUUGCCGUGACCCCGCUCUCCGAGGGGGUCUCAGGCGGAGUUGGGAUAUGCAAAAAACACAUUUCCAAUUCACACAUUCAUAAUAAUACACACUUGUACUGUUUCGGAUGGGAAGCAUGUGGACGCCUUAACUCCAACAACCCCAAGCCCAGUGGGAAGAAGUAGAAAAAAUAGCGCGCUGUCUGGAAGUGCUAAGUGACAGUUGGCUGAGCUACAGCCUUUUCUCUCUCUCUCUGCCUCAACCUCUGCUUCCUUAUUAAUGGUGUCCUGGUGUUCAAGUCCAAGGCAUUGGCACUCCAUGUGUUUUAAUACAGAGCCCUUGGAACUCAUUUACUCUCUGACUUCAUUUAAGGCGAUUAUGCCGAGACCCUUUGCCCAGUCGAAUUGACCCUGGUCAAUAUAUAACAUCAGUAGAGUGGAAAUGACAGCACACAGCUAGGUGUGUGCUGCUGACAGAAGUCGGCAAGGCCAUACGUAUGCGCCACGGCUGUAUUCAACUACAAUGGUAAUUAGCUGUGGCUUUCAGGGCCCACAGGGAAAUUGUAUUAGUAACAUUUAGACCUCAGCUGGCUAUAUGGCCCCUGAGGAUCAGAUUUGACUUUGUUACACUUUUCACUGAGGUCACGAGACAUUACAUGUCUUAGAUUAUUCAAGUUUUAUAUCUCCUAAAAUACUACCAGAAUAAUGGCUUGGUGGAGAUUAAAAAGCAUGCUCCAUUAGAUUGUUUAUAUAUAUUUAAAGAUUUACAUAUAACUGCUCUUCAGUUACAGGAGUUUGAGAAUAGAGUCCACCAUCAAACACUUUCUGAGAUUUUGUUUUCACCUGAAUCCAUGAGCCAGAUCUAUCCAUCAGCAGUGAUUUAAUGGCGCAAUCAGACACCUGUCAAAUUUGAUUGAUGUCUGCCAUCAGGAAUUCUCCCUAACUGGUCCUCACAAAUGUUCCUUUUAAAAUGGUGGUAACCCACUUCACUUGCUGAAACAUUAGUUUGGAUGUUAUUUGUUUUGCCCUUGACCUAUAUCGCUUUCCCAUACACCUGCAAUGUCUUACAUACAAUGCUGUCUGUCUUAAGUAUUUUUGUUUCAUUGAAACAAAGAAAGAGAAAACCCUGAAGUAUUGUAUCUAGUUCAAGGUGUUGAUUUUGCCAGGAACUAGUAUCCAAAACAAGUGUAAAAACCGAACACUAGUAGACGACGACUUUGACUUCAAUCUAGUUGUUAUUUUUAAUUUCAAGGUGCAUGAACGAACAACACGUUGAAGCUACACAGGAAACAUGGUAUUCAUUUAUGCACCUUGCAAUAAAAGAAAAAAUAGAUUGUCAAGUCAAGGUCAGUCGUCUACUCGUGUGUGAUUUUUACAGUUGUUUUGGAUACUUAGUUGUAUCAUUGUUGUCACAAAAUGUGUUUAUCAACAAGCGUUUCAACAUUUAUUCCCUAGAAAUCAUCUUAAUGUAUUCCAGUAUAUUUCUGGAUAUGCAGCACGAAUAUAUACAGUAGGCAAGAUACAGAACCAGGUUGAAUGUAUAUCUCUUCCCUGUCAUUGUAUACAGGCAGAUGAUAGGAACAUAUGCAGGAAGGCUUUCUGAAGGGCAGUUUUUCGAAAUAAGUAUUUAUGGAAAUACUCACUCUGUUCACAGCAAGCAUUUUUCUUGUCAAAACUGAAAUUGCACCGCACAUUUGUAGGAAAAAACAAACUAUUGCUGUUCCCUCUGCGUGUACAGAACCAUCAAUGUUCUUUCUCAUUUUGUGAAAGGACAUUGUGAGGUUUGGAGAAAUUGAGGUGCAAACUAAAUUGACCACAAUGUCAACCCUAUUGUUUCUUUGUUUUGAUAGAUUCACUGAUUUCUUUGGAGAGUUUCUACAAAUAGCUUUAUACCAUGUGCUCUGUUAUCACCUGCAGAAUAUACUGUAGCUCUUUCUCCAUGUAGGGGCCACGAUACUGUUGGAGCCGUUGCUAGAGACUGUUCUGGUAAUGUUGCAUGUGCAACUUCCACUGGAGGAAUAAGAAACAAAAUGGUGGCCAGAGUAGGAGAUUCUCCAAUCAUAGGUAAGUAGCUGUGUAUUAACCUAUCCUGAACAGUUUAUGUAUGUUGAUUGAAGUUUUAUUUGUCCUUCUCUUGUCUCUGGUAAUAAGGGUCUGGUGGGUAUGCGGACAACCUGAGUGGUGCAGUAUCCUGUACUGGCCAUGGAGAGUCCAUCCUGAAAGUCACCCUGGCCAGACUCAUCCUCUUCCACGUAGAGCAAGGUAAUGUAAGCCUAAUCGGAAUCACUUUGUAAUAAUUCACAAAGUCACAUGGGUAUCAUAGUCACAGUUAUCUUAUUAUUGAAUGGACUUUAUCUACAAUGUGAUAUGUGAAUGUAGGCAUUUGAUAAAUUGCCCAUAUUGAUGAUUGUUUUGAUUGCUAAUAAGGAUAAUCCUGAGUCUGGAUCAACCUCUUAAUUGUUGGGUCUGGUUAAUGAAUGGCCUGGUGGAUCAGAUCGAUUAUGAGCCAAAAUAUUUCCCACCCACAUAAUUGGCCCAGUUAACUUUUGGCAAUUUAAUUAGCAAAGUGUCAGACAAUCUGGUUGUCUUCCCCUGGCCAGACAGUAAGUCAUGAUGGAUGUGCCAGGUCUUUGCAUUAGGAAAUCGAAUUAUUCUAUAACCAAAAACUCAGAUGCAAACACAGUUGAGUGUCAGAUUUGAUAUAGAGAGGCGUUUGAAACUAAUAGACUGUCAAUUACAGACAUGAUACAAUAGGAAUAGUUAAAUUAAUAGUUAAUGAAGCUGGGUUACAUUCUCCUCUCUGUAAUAGCUUCCAUUAAUUAAAGCAAUUUUGUCAUUUAAAUAUCUAAUUAGCAGCUCCUCUUGGAGGAACAGAAUGUUCGGAGGCUCUGGGAAACUUUAGAACAAUUAGAUCAUCUACCGAUACAAGAGACAAAUUGAUGUAUCAUUGUAUGUAUGGUUCCUACUUCUACCUGACAGAGCUCUAAGAUUGAAGAUAAAAACUCUCAAAUAGAUUAACAGUAUCCAAUCUAUGCUAAAAGUGAAUAAUAACAGCCUAUCGGCUCACACGGCUGAGACCCUCUUAGAAUUGUAAUCAGGACAGCAGAGUCCCAUCUGGAUUGGAUCCUGCAUACUGCAUCCUGCAAGUGACUAUGCUGCUUUUUCACAUCCCCCUUUUUCACAUUCUCCAUUUUCACAUCCUUUUAUACCAAUUUUGGUAUGUAGCAAUGGAACCUCUGACACAGAGAAAGGAGGUGAAUCCAAGUACACUCCAAAUCUAUUCUCCAUGAUGUUUGAUUGUUUUCAAGCAGUGCUCAUUCUUUCCUUAACAACACUGGUUGUUGUGCAUAGCCACAGUAACAUUACAUAGGAUCUUCUUUUUUUUGCUCACAGGGAGUUGCACGUUUACACAAACAUCAGCUUAUGCGUGACCAUGCCAAAUUAAUGCAAACAUUGUGAAGUUUUGACAUUGCCAUUGCCAAUCAUUUUUAAUUGGCAAGCGGUAGAAAGAGAUGACUGAGCAGAGUUGGGCUGCAGUGGGCUGAUAAUGAGGCAACGUCUGUAUAAGGGUCAGCGGGGCCAGUGUUGGUUACAUUGUCCUCUGGUAAUGACACGGGGAAAUGGGAAGAAUGGCUGAUCUUUCUGCUCUGUCUUUGUGAGAGGUUUCUUCUGCUUCGUCAAAUGGCUGCACUGCCCACAGCUACUGUGCCGUUCCUUUCUUUAGCGUUUGAAUUAGAAAAUGUUUUCAUGGUUGCUUUAGAAGUAGCCUAGCUCCUAAAAUGAUUUCCCCCCACAGACAAAUGACCUCGCACCUUUAUUAUCAGUGCAGUAGCUUGUUUGGAACUUCAAUAACAAUGUGUUUUGACAAUAGUGUCAGGCUGGCUUAUGUUUCAUUUCAAUUAAUGUGAAUGUUAAAUCUGACUAGGCCCGCAAUGGUAUGCAAUAUGGGCCUGCAAUGGCAUAUGGUUUUGUUAGGUCCCUACAGUAAGAAUGAAAUUUGUAUGCAUGUGUGACCAAACCUCACUUUGUUUCCUCUUUAAAUAGGUAAAGGUGCACCUGAGGCUAUAGAGGUCUCUCUACGCUACAUGGGUGAUCGGGUACAGGGAGGAGGAGGAGCCAUAGUAGUUUCCCGGACAGGGGAGUGGGCAGCCAAGUUCACCACAGAGCGAAUGGCCUGGGCAGCAGUGGAGAGAGAGGUUCUGUGGUAUGGUUUGAACCCAAAGGAAGAGUUCAAGGAAACACUAACACAAUAACAGCUUAAUCUAUAAUUUGUUGGGGGAGGGGGGAUACAUAGAGUUUAAAUAAAGUGUUAUUGCGGAACACAGUGUCAAAUUGACAAAUGGAGCCUACUUACUGUAAUUUUGUUGGCAAGAGAAUUUAAAGGACUGGGAGAAAUCUACAGUUGAAGUCGGAAGUUU